AAAAAGAAGAAAUAUGAACCCCCAGUUCCAACCCGAGUGGGGAAAAAGAAGAAGAAAACAAAGGGACCAGAUGCUGCCAGCAAACUUCCACUGGUCACUCCUCAUACUCAAUGCAGACUCAAAUUAUUGAAGCUGGAAAGAAUUAAGGAUUAUCUUCUGAUGGAGGAAGAGUUCAUUAGAAACCAGGAACAGAUGAAACCUUUGGAAGAAAAGCAAGAGGAAGAGAGGUCAAAGGUGGAUGAUCUGAGAGGGACUCCUAUGUCUGUAGGGACCUUGGAAGAAAUAAUUGAUGAUAAUCAUGCUAUUGUGUCCACAUCAGUAGGAUCAGAACACUAUGUCAGUAUUCUUUCUUUUGUAGACAAGGAUUUGCUAGAGCCAGGAUGUUCAGUUCUACUUAAUCAUAAGGUCCAUGCUGUGAUUGGUGUCUUGAUGGAUGACACGGAUCCUUUAGUUACAGUGAUGAAAGUGGAAAAAGCUCCACAAGAGACAUAUGCAGAUAUUGGAGGCCUGGAUAACCAAAUUCAA